UCGGACAUCAGCUAACUCAAGCUGGGGGACAAGACGCAGUGACACCUCUUGAGCCUACAGAAGGCCGAUGGGUUCCUGGCAUGAUAAAUAAUAUUCCUAGAGGAUCAGACGACCUUAUACCAAUUGAAGUGGUUCAACGUAAAGUGAAAGCUCUUCUGAACAAAUUGACAUUAGAAAAAUUCGAUAGUAUAUCGGAUCAAAUUAUUGAUCAUGCAAAUAAAUCUAAAUAUGAAAGAGAUGGUCGCAUACUUAAAGAGGUUAUUCGACUUACCUUUGAGAAAUCUUGUGAUGAGCCAAACUUUAGUCAAAUGUAUGCACAGCUUUGUCGUAAAAUGAUGGAAAGAAUUGAUAUGGAAAUAGUGGAUGAGAAUGUUAAAAACUCCGAGGGUAAACCUGUUCAAGGAGGCACAUUAUUCAGGAAAUAUCUACUAAAUAGAUGCCAAGAAGAUUUCGAAAAAGGCUGGAAAGUGAAUGUUCCAGUUCCUUCUAAUGAUAAAGGUGAGCCUGACCUUAUGUCAGAUGAAUACUAUACUGCGGCUAAAGCAAAAAGACACGGUCUUGGUUUAAUACGCUUUAUUGGUGAACUAUUUAAGUUGAAUAUGCUUACUGAGCGCAUCAUGCACGAGUGUAUUAAAAAGCUGUUAACAGUCCAUGGAGUUCCUGAAGAGGAGGAAAUGGAAAGCUUGUGUAAACUCAUGACGACAGUAGGACAACAACUUGACCAUACGAAGGCGAAAACACACAUGGAUGCCUACUUCCUUCGUAUGGAAGAUAUGUCCAGAAAUAUGAAGUUGUCCAGCCGUAUUAAAUUUAUGAUUAUGGAUGUUAUUGAUCUUCGAAAUAAUAACUGGGUGCCGCGACGCGAUAACAACGCACCUAAGACUAUAGCUGAAAUUCAUGAAGAUGCUGCCAAGGCAAAAGAAGAGGCAGAAAUUUUAAGACGAGCUGCAAGUUCAGGUGGACGAGGAAUGCCUAAAAUGGCAGAUCAAAUAUCACGUAGCAGCUCUGGUCGCCGUGACAGAA